AUGUCGUAUGAAGAAGCGGCUAUGGUUGAAAAAAACAAAAAAGAAAUAGCGUCUCGGAUUACACAUGUGAUCGAUUGUGAAGCGUAUACGAAUAAGAAAAAAACAUUUCUUCGCGAAAUAUCAGUCUAUCGGGUAAAAACCGGCGAGUGUUCGUCGUUUCAAGUGUUUAUGCCGUUUGUACCGUUUAAUGAAUACAACUAUACAAUUGACUAUCAAAUAAAGAAAAUUCACGGCUUACCGAUUGUACGCAAACGUUUAACCGAUGAUUUUUAUACAUUGAAAGAAUCGACGGCAUUUUUAACAGAUGAAUUUAUGUGUAAUGCGGAUUUAGUGGCUUAUAAAGGCGGUGAUAUUGAACGUAUUUUGUUAAAUAGUAUGGGAGUCCGUUGUAUUAAUCUUGAAAUAUUGACAUGUCCAAAAUAUAUAGAUCUGUUGACCAUAUUUGGUCAAUCACAAGAAUGUUGUCCUUAUCACCUGGGUAACCAUUAUCACUGUUCAAAACACGAGGUAAAAAUGUUCGCAAAUUUUGUUUAUUCGCUAUUGUAACGAUGUCGGUAAUAGAAGCAUUAUCAUAUCUUUUAAUGAAACAACCCUAUAAUCCGACUUUAUGGAAUUUGUAUUCGACUUGUAAAUAUUUACGAGCUUAUAAACCACUACUCGAUGUUGCAGAAAGAAAAAUAAACGAUUAUGUAAGAGUUGAAAAGGUUUGGUUGAAAGGGGGUUUUGAUACUAUACGCGAUUUCAUUGCUGUAGAUGAUGAAACGAAUGCGGGUGAAAUUGGUGAAAAGCGACAACCCUAAUACACCAGAUUUGAUGUGGUCCAAACAUCCGCGUAUGGCCAUCGUCGGCAUCGAUGUAGAAGGUGUUGACGGUAAAGAAUUCUACAGUAUACCCGUGGAAUGGAUUCCACGACUGGCUGUUCGUUCUGUUCGUAUUAAAAUCAUUCGAGUUUUGCUGUCGUGA